AUGCCUGGCGGACCGGGCUCGAUGUUUGCGCAAAACGCCUCAUAUAUGGCGAAUGCUCCCAUGACGGCCAGUCCAUCAUCGCCCAAUGAUUCGGGCGACGACGAUCCCGCCGCCGUGCACUCAGGACAGUGGCAGCCGUCCGGUGGCUCAGGUCAGGCCUCGCCAUCGUCGACGUCACUCCCACCGCGCACGCCCGCGCCUUUGCAGAAGCGUCGCCGAGUCACUCGGGCCUGCGACGAGUGUAGAAGAAAGAAGAUAAAAUGUGAUGGGAAGCAGCCAUACUGUACAUACGACCAGCCGUCCAACCGGAGAAGGAAUCCGGCACCGCAGUAUAUUGAAGCUUUGGAGAAUCGUCUUCAGCGUGCGGAGGCUCUGCUACGCACGUUCCUACCAAAUGUCGAUCUCCACGACCCAAAUAUCGACGCUACAAUACAGCAACAGCUACAAGCGAGGGGCGCCAAGCCUUUUCCCACAGCAGAGUCCGCAUCCAAGCCCACCGAAACUACUGAAGAAGAGCAAGAUGCGCCUCUCCGAUCAAUGAUCGCAUCUACCGGCCAGCUUGACCUUGAUGAGAAUGGGCGGUGGGAUUUCCAUGGUGGAUCAUCUGGUACAGUUUUUGUUCGGCGGAUGCGGGAACAGUUCGGAGGCCUACUAGGAACUGAGAAUAAUGGGCCCCUCUUCCCUAAAGUUCCGCAUCCUUCAACCUUUUUAAACUCCCCCGGCUCUUCCGCCGAGUCCCCCCUAGAUUCCGGCCUUCCUAAUACCAUGGAUCUGCCUAGCAAAGCGACUGCAAAAGUAUUGUGUAGUAACUCUCUGGAUCUUGCAUGUUCUGUACUGCGCUUCGUCCAUCAGCCAUCCUUCUAUGAAAUGGUCGAUAGGAUAUAUGAUACGCCGCCGGAAAAUUACGGUAACGAGGAGAAUCGAUUCCUGCCUCUACUUUACGUUGUACUGGCGCUAGGAUGUAUGUUCGUCGACUCAGAAGGUUCCGAGAACACCACGUACAAGACCGGUAUCGAUCAAGGGAUUAAAUUCUUCCGAGCGUCGCGUCAGAUGCUAGAGAUUACGGAUUGCCGCGAUAUCAUGUCAUUGCAGUCCAUAAUCUUCAUGAUACUUUUCCUGCAAGCUUCCGCGAAUUUAAGCACUUGCUAUUCCUAUAUUGGAAUUGCUCUGCGGUCGGCUCUACGAAUGGGCUUACAUCGAAAUCUCGCUGGCAAUUUCAACCCAAUCGAUCGGGAAGUCAGACGACGAGUCUUCUGGGUCAUUCGAAAGAUGGACACCUACGUUUCGGCGUUAUUAGGAUUCCCUCAGAUGCUCAGUUACGAUGAUAUAGACCAGGAACUACCCGUGGAGGUAGACGACGAGUACAUCACCAAGGAUGCCAUUCUCCCUAUGCCCGAGGGCAAAACCUCCCUUUAUGCGGCCUCCAAUGCACAUACACGAUUAAUGUCGAUUCUUGCCAAGGUCUGUAAAUACAUAUAUCCAACCAAAGGUGUCGAAAAGUCUGCCCAGGGGUCUGCCAACUCGUCGUAUGUCAUCAGCCAUGCCAAAAUUCGGGAAAUCGAACAUGAUCUGGUUCAAUGGCUAGAUAAAUUGCCAAUGGCACUCCGACCUGGUGGUGAGCCGGAGCCGGGUUUUAUUAGAGUUCAGCAGCUUUUACGUCUAGCAUACGCCCAUGUGCAAAUGAUGCUAUACCGACCAUUCCUCCACUAUGUCUCGCGAAAGACAAGUGGGGGCAAAAAUCUUGACGAGCGAUCAUACGCCUGCGCUGCUGCCUGCGUCAGCGUGUCAAGAAAUAUUGUCCAUAUUACUACCGAGAUGAAAAAGAGUGAGCUGCUACUUGGAGCAUAUUGGUUUACCAUGUACACAACCUUCUUUGCUAUUUUGUCGUUAGUAUUCUUCGCUGUCGAGAAUCCGGACAAACCUGGGUCCCAGGAAAUUCUGGCGGAUGCGAUUGACGGAAAAGAUGCUUUGAAGGGCCUUUCCCGAGGGAGUCAAGCUGCUGAUAGGUGUUCGCAAGCUCUGAGGGCGCUGUUUGAACAGCUACCGCAAAGACAAAAAGGAAGCCAUGUUACCCCUAUUCUUCCAAAGAAUAAGCGGCCUGCUGCGUCGCCGAACCUUUCCGCUCAACGAGAACCUAGUUCUCAUGAGCAAUCGCUGCAUGAUCCGGGACCAUCUAUGGGAUUGCCUGGACGGGCUACAACCUUCCCCAUGGCGGCACCUAGUCAGAAUGCCAAUAAGCCUACGUCUCCGUUUGAACCUAACCAGUUCCAAAUGAAUACCAUAUCAAACCCGAGUCUUCGACAAAGCUACCUUGAUCUCAUGUCACCGGCGGACCUUUCCACUACGGGGACACCCGAUUCUGGCAGCACCUCAAAUAGCAUUCAGCAGCCACUCUACCCUCUACAGCAACCAUAUGUUGGUAACUCGGUUCCUGAUUUGAGUGCCAUGAUGUUUCCAUCCACAGACCCGUUCGCUUACCCACCGAACCAACCAAUGAUGGAACUCGAUAACGUCAAACAUGAAAACCUGGGCAACUUCGACAAUUCUCAAAACCAAGGAAUGUUCAUGCCAAGCAACACAUCUGCGCCGGGUGUCUACGACGAUCUCGAGGGGCAGCUUUUUGGACCUUUACCACCCUACCUAAUCCAAGGCCAACCGAAUUUCGAUUUCCAAGGCCAGACAGACCUCGGCGGCGGGAUGAUGUCUGGCCUCAACCCUCCAAACAUGAACUACAACCCCGGACUAGCACAAAACGGUGAUAUGAACUUCGUACUUUCCGACAACGAUGAAUGGAACAACAUGCUCGCGGACCAGAAAUACCGACUAUAA